UUGUCUCUACCUGUGUAUUUUGAUGCUAGCAGCAGCUACUCUUCUUUCACAGUUUCAUGGUUUCAGCUGUUACUAGUCUUUGGUUUAGUUGAAGUAAAGUGCGCAAAGUGUUUUGUAGUUUACUACGAUGUAUGUGCUCUUGCUUCUGCUCCGCCAAGCUGAUCCACAGAUUUCAUGAGUAAAUCCUACAGCGCUGGCUGUCUAUGAACAUUACGUGGUUUGUUCGUCUUCAGCGCUGCAUCUAUCUAUCGUUGUUUGUCGAGGUCUACCCCGAGCAGCCCGUGCAUCCCACCGCCAUUCAAAUGCCCCCAGCAGUUGGUUGGUCGUGGCCAUAAUGCCGUAAUGGCGCGGCUAGCUGAUGUCGAAUCGUCGCAGCGCUAAAAAGCGGCGCUCGGCCGCAAUCAGCCGUCGCUGCAUAUCCUUCGUCCUCUCCGGCGAGGAAUCAGUACACAGUUAUCUCAGAUUUACCUCUGCAGUGCAGAGUCCGUAAAUAAACAAUACAAAUGUGGAGAGACUGAAGACCUUCCUGGACGUACUUGGCUGGCUAGAUUGUGCUGUGCAUGUUGGGCGUAUGUGAUGGCAUCGACGUCUGUGCUAGAUUCGCUGGCAUACAGUGCAACACUCGCGGAACAAGACACGUCUUCGAUCAGCAUAGCUGUGAUCGUUGGUGCGUCUGUCGGUGGUUUCAUGGGUUUGCUAGUGCUGCUGGUGGUGACAUGCAUUAUCGUGGCUUGGUGGAAAGGGGAGAAGAAACGCUUUGGAAGGCCACCAAUCAGGCUCCCGAAGCACAUCAGUCUUCCCCGGCGGCCCAGGAUGCCCAGCAACACAGACCUGUACAACAGCUGCUGCAUGGUGUGUCUGAGAGCGGGCAUGGACAGUAUGCGUGGGACGGCGUUUAGCACACAGGCAGUAUCACCAUUUGAAACGCCCGUCGUGGUCCGACAGAUGGCACUGAAGGACCUACAGCAGCUGCCCGACGUGGUGACGGCGCGGCAGCUGCAGAUCACCUUACCCAACUCCGUCGUGGCCGUUCUCAUCUCCGAGGCGACCGACCAGAACAGCGAGUUCAUGACGACGCGAGGCUCUCUGAUGCGCUCAUCCAUUGUCCAGGAUGCCAGCAAUACGCUCCACGUCGGCCAUUUGCUGAACAACAGCAGCGGCGGCAACGAGACGGCGAAUGACUCCGUGUUACUCGGUCAGAAUAUGUCGCCGGUGUCAUACAGCUCCGAGAUGACAGCAUACCCGUCCAGCACCGUAGGGAGUCUAUCGUCAUCCCUUGUCUCAACGCAGCGAUCCCUGCCAAAGCCGAUGCACGGCUCGGACAACGCGGACUCUGCGUCAAAUCUAGACCGCAGCGCACUUCAAGGUGAGCUACAGCCAUCUCCGACGCCACCCCAUCGCAAGUCAUCGGUCGCCAGCGGUACGAGGAAGCUGCCACGGCGCACGGUCAGACGACCGUCGAGCCGUGCAGCCAGUAUGGAAGGUCACAUUCCGCCGCAGUCCGAAACCAGAGUGCAUGCGUGGGCUGGCCAGCGGAGCCGAAGCACCGCUACUCGCCAAUCGCCGCUGAUGGCGAGCAGCGCCCUCCGAUCAUUUCCUGAUGAUGGUGACAGCUCCGGGCGCAGCGACGCCUCUCCGCAGCCAUCACCUCAACGAGUCAUCACCGUGCCUGCUCUUCAAUCCGACAAUGCCUCCGCCGACACAUCUCGACGCUCCACGCCGACACCCGGCGUCCGCCGGGCAAUGCUUGAACAGGAGAGUGCACCGCCCGUUGGAAUGGGUAAUUCCCAGCCCUCCCCACCAACAGCCCGUGUCGCUGCACCCGCCUCCUCAAGUCCACCCCAGGCUCGUCACAAUGACAAGAAGCUGAAGCAUGCGGGGAAUUUCCUACCGGCGCUUCGGGAGCUGUCGACCGAAUGCCAGUCACAUCAAGAAGCAGAAAGCGGAGAAAUGCAUCAGCCUGCUGUAGGGAAUUCCCCAACCGCGGGGGAAAGACCAACAUUGCCGGGUAAAACAAGGCGUGGCAUGUCACUGGACCAGCACAGCCAUCUCUCGCGCCGCCCUGACCCAGGGUCGUCAGAUGUGGUGACAUCAUCCCCAGCACCGAUGACAUCACCGGCCACAGCGGCAAUAUCACUACCAUCAUCAUCAUCAUCAGCAGCAGCAGCAGCAGCAUCAACGCGCUCUGCCAUCGGCCGGACAAGAAAGCAGUCCCCAGAUCCGAUAGGAACGGCGAAGGACGAUUUCGCAAAUCACAUGACCCCAUCCUCCUUAGAAAGAACUGGACCCAGUCACCCAGCAAAGCUACAACCACUGACACCGCAAGAUCAGCACCGCAGGCAGCGCGGCAACAAAAAGGGCCGGCAAAGAAAGAUCGGCAUGGCAACUGAUCAGAACCUGGACACGAUGCAGACGCUGUCCCCGAUCACGGCGCAGCAAGCCAGCACUCCGACAAACGGCGCAGCAGCGGCGUCGAGACAGACUGUGCCCGCGGCGUUCACGUCACCCAUGCCAAUAGCGUACAGCACACCGCAGCAACCACCCUGAGACGGCCGUGACAUUACCAGCUGCCAGAGGCGUAACACAUGGUAGUACCAGAAUGUCCAUGAUUGGACCACAUUUCGUCCAGGAUGGUCCGCCCAGAGCGCCUGUAGAGUGCUAAAAUGUACCCUGUUUGGCCGAAAAAUCCGGGUUUUCUCCCAGGGGAUACCCUUUACUCCCCGCCCAUCGCACCACUGCCCACUUCCCUGUAACGCCACUGGUUCUAGUGUGGGUUGUUUCUCUUCUGGCUUACUGACUGAAGUGAAGAGUUAGCGUACUUUCGGAGUAGAAGCCACACCCAGAUAUUGGUCCCGAAACACAUAUGUCUAUCCUAUUUUAUCACCAUUAAUUUGACCAUUGUAGUAUAGGCCGCCGCUGACCGACUUUUUGGGGGAGUGGAUUACUUGUGUUUCAAGUGUGGCUUAUACUCCGGAUAAUACAUGUGUGUGUGUGUGUGUGUGUGUGUGUGUGUGUGUGUGUGUGUGUGUGUGUGUGUGUGUGUGUGCAUGUGUGUGUGUGUGUGUGUGUGUGUGUGUGUGUGUGUGGCUGCAUUGGAGUCGACGGACAAUGAAAAAAAUGCUUUCUGCCUCCGACAGCUGAUUUCCGAAACCCCAUACAGUGUACCAUACAUGUACCAUGUUUUAUUUGAAAGGGCCGCUGUACCAUUGUGAAACCUGUGUAUGCGUAGUCUAUCGUGCACCAGCCCUCACAACACACCACUCUGCUAUAUGAAUAGGGGUACAUCGCAUAGCAUUGAGAGACCGCCAACAAUUUUUCAACAGGAGAAUCUACGUGCACUGCGCAUGCGAUACACGGCAAUAGAGUCGAUUAUAACUGUAUGCUGAGCAUUGCAUACUACACUAUCAUGUCAUGCCCUUCGCUAUCAGUACUGUUCUAUUUGUAGGUGCUCAAAUUCUAUAGCCCGAGUUUUUAUACUUUCUCAAAGAUCAUAAUAAUUAUCGACGGCAACUGUAACUAUGCAGAUUUUACCAUUACUGUCCACACCAGGGAGUAGUAAUAUACCGGUAUUGUACUACUCCCUUAUCCAACCUACAAGAUGUGAAGAUGGCAGUAUUGAUAGUUA